AUGCGGUUUGGAACAUCAUUGAGGGGUACAAGGUCAUAUUGGGCCAAAUGUCGUGCAGAAUUAACAAACAUGCUUCAUCAAAUAGGCUCCCCUACGAUAUUCUUCACAUUAAGUGCAGCAGAUAUGUAUUGGCCUGAUUUGCAUGCACUAAUGCCGGGAACAUCACCAACUACUCCACGAGAAGCUCAAAAUUGGAGAAAGCGGAAUGUUAUCAACUACCCCCAUAUAGUUGCACAUUACAUGCACUUAAGACAUUCAAUAUUUAGAACAGAAAUCCUAGAAAAAGGAAUGAAUGUUGAAGAUUUUUGGUCCAGGUAUAAUGCUCCUUGGCCUUUGAAUCUUAGGGGGUCCAAAUUAUAUGAAGAUAUAGAAACAGAUGAAAAAAAAUUUGAACCUACAAGAAAUGAUGAUAGGGUGAAUUCACAUAAUCGUCACAUAUUGCAAUUAUGUAGAGCAAAUAUAGAUUGGCAACCUGUUCUUUCCAAGCAUGCAGUAGUCAAAUAUAUUGCCAAGUAUGCAGCGAAAGCAGAGAAAAGCUCUGAAACAUAUCACCAGAUGUUGAUGCGCCUCUCCAACAUGGAAGACCCUAAUGAUUUAGCUGCUCGAGCAUAUAGAAGGCUUCUGACUGAAACAAUUAUUGAAAGGGACAUUGGUGCUCAAGAAACAUGUCACAUGUUGUUAGAACUUCCAUUAGUAGAGAGUAGUAGAAGAUUUGUUAAUCUAAAUGUCUCACGUGAGGUGUUCAAACCUGUAACUAUAAAUGAUGAAGAGAAUAAUGAAGAGCAGACAAAAUCUUUAAUUGAUGGAUAUAAAACAAGGCCUCUUUGUAUGGAAGGUGUCACAUUAAUUGAUGCAGCUAGAUCAUGGAUAUAUAAUCCUAAAAGAAAACGAGACAACAAAUGGGAACCAAGGGAAAGAGCAACAAUUGUUAGAGUUUUUCCUAGGUUUGUAUCUCUUCCUCCACGUGAGUCAAUUAAAUGGAUUGACUUCUGUUUAUCAGAGUUAUUACUCUACAAACCAUUUCGUGACAUAGAAAGGGAUAUUGGUCAUGAUGAUGACUCUAUAAUAGCAAAUUGGAAGUCAUUUACCUACAAUCCUUGGCAUGUCGAACGAACAAGUAUUGAAAAUGCAGAGGCUAAUAGUGAUUCAGAAAUUGAAGAGAAUGAAGCUAUUCAGAGAAAUACCACAGAGCAUGAAUGGGAAAUUAUAUCUAGGCUACAUCAUGGUCAAAAUAUACAAUUUUCAGAAAUAGAUAUGUUGGGGAGAAGAGACAUUGAUAGACAUACAAAUUGGUCUGCUGAUUAUCAAGGUGAAGAGUACACAACUACAGCAAUCAGUUUCAUAACUAACAUGAAGGAUCAUGGAUGUCUUAUAUAUGAUGAUAUACCCCAAUGCAUCAACUACACGACCCUCAGUGAUAAGCAAAAAAAGGCAGUUGAUAUAAUUAUGACACACUAUCAGAGGAAUCAAAAUAAAGUGCCAUUGUUCAUGAUAAUUCAGGGAACAACAGGUAUAGGAAAGUCAUAUUUAAUUGGUGCCAUCAAUCAAGCUCUUGAAAAUGUUGCAAUGCCAUCUCGUUCUCCCCUUCUAUUACUCGCACCAAUAGGAGUUGCAACAUUCAAUAUAGGGGCCUCUACAGUUCAUUCCAAAUUGAGAAUCCCAAUACGAGAUUUCACUCAGCUACAGGGAACAAGACUUGCCAUUUUUCAAGAAGAAAUGGCACAUAUCAAGUACAUUUUGAUUGAUGAAAUGACCUUCAUUGGUCAAAACAUGUUGGAAAACAUAGAUUCUCGACUCCGACAAGCAUACCCACAAAGUGCACACCUAAGUUUUGCAGGUAUAUCUAUGAUUUUGGUAGGAGAUUUGGGUCAAUUGCCUCCAGUUAAUGAUAGACCUGCAUAUGCCAGUAAUAGACGGGCAAAGCUACUAUGGGAGGAAUUCAAAAUUGUGGUUACUUUAGAUAAAAUAUUCAGACAAGAUGGAGAAAAUAUUCAGCAACAAAGAUUUCGUCAACUUUUGACAAAUCUAAGAGAUGCAAACCCACAAAUUGAUGAUUGGAAGUUGCUAAUGAUGAGAACCCCUACUAACAUAGAUGUUGCAAGUAAUUCUGAAUUUGAAAAUACCGUCCAUUUGUUCUCCACAAAUGAUAAUGUUCAUAGUCAUAAUAAAAAAAUGUUAUAUUCAUUGAGGCAUCCCGUUGCACGAAGUGUUGCAACAAAAGCAGGAAGUGUUAAUAUAGCAGAAGAUUUCUCAACUGGUGAACUUGAUUUAGAGUUAUUGAUCUGUAAGAAUUCAAGGGUCAUGCUAACUUCAAACCUUUGGCUACAAGCAGGUCUUGUAAAUGGAGCUUUGGGAUAUGUUCGAAAGAUUGUCUACAAGCCAAGAAGUGCUCCACCUGACCCACCGACAUAUGUGAUGGUUGAAUUUGAUAAUUACUCAGGAUUACCAUUUGAAGAUCAUCAUCCAAAUACAAUUCCAAUAACAACAAUACAAAAGGGCAGAACACUUCAGCUACCAUUGAGAUUGGCAUGGGCAUUGACUAUACAUAAAUCUUAA